GAAAAAACAAAACAAAACACUUGUUAAACCGAUAAAGACUUUAACCUGGGACAAAACGUUUGCAUUGAUGAGAGACGACAACAAAAGGGAUGAGCCAGCACCUGAAACAACAAUAAUAAAACCUUCAUGAAUAUUAAUCUGAUGGAGUCUGACCAUGGAUGAGGAGCUUGACCCUGAUGACAAAAACGUGAACUCCGUCUUGGCACAGGAAUUCACAGAACUGCUCGCCAUCCUUAGCAGGCAGUCGACGGAAGUCAUAAUGAAGUUGUGCCAAAUGAUGCCCGGUGAUGCCGGGUGGAACAUCAUACAACCUGCGUCUUCUUCAGCCGAACUAACAAAACACAUCAAAACCAUGUUGGAUUACUUCAUGUUGGCUAACGCUGCAGAUUGCCGUAAAUUCCUCGAGGCCAUGUGCAUGUUGUGUGAGGAUAUCCCCAUGCACCUGGAGUCGAGGCUCAUGUCAGUGGCAGGGUAUGCAAACGAUGACUGUGAAAGUUCCAGUCCCACUUUGAAGGAGGAGAUGCCAACAUCGCCGCUUUCAGAGCGUCAGCUCGUCAAACGCCCACGAAUUGACCAUUGGGAACAAUACAUUGCUGCAGUGGUGCCUUUACUGCUGAAGAGGUGGGAGCGACUCAGUGAGCACCUGGUGGGAAAGGUCCUGCUGGAGAAUGUGUGGGUCAGCCCGAGAACGGUGAACAGAGGCAGGGACAGACCUGAUCAAACCCCAGGACCAGGAGACAGAGGGAGCAGAACACCAGGUAUUUCACUAAUCUCAGAACCCGAUGGCGAUUAUGGGUCUUUGGAGACCAGAGUGACGUUGGAGACGUUCCUCCAGGGAUGUGCAGGAAAGGUGACAGUUCUCCUUGGCCAGUCUGGAUCAGGAAAAACUUUGCUGAUGUCUAGUUUGGGACAACAGUGGGCACGUAGACUUGGCCCUAUCCCUUCAUCCUUCCUGUUUGUCCUGCUCGAGUUUCGUCAACUCAACUUUGUGUCCCGUCCUCUUUCCCUGUCUGAUCUGCUAUUCCGACACUACCUCCCUCUAAAAGGGGACGACGAUGAAAAGAGAAGCAUUGUGGAUUACCUCAUUUCCAAUCCAGAGCAAAUCUGUUGGGUGCUGGAUGGCUAUGAUGAGUUUCAUAGCAAACUCACCAGACAACAGGUGCAGAAAAAGGUUUUGGACCCAAAAAAACCUCUGCCAGUUGCUGACCUCAUCUCAGGGUUGUUAAAUCGUCAGCUUCUACCAGGAUGUACCGUGGUGGUCACCUGUCGUGCACGUGAUGUCACUGAUUUGGAAGGCGUAUCAGAUAAAGUGGGGCAGCUGCUGGGGUGGGACUGCAAUGAGAUCAAGGAGUAUGUACACAACUUCUUUGCAGCAAAAGGUCACGGCACAGGCAGAGCUCUUGGGAGGCAGGCAGCAGACCUCCUUCUUUCCACUCAACACCUCCUUGCCAUGUCAUCCCUCCCUGCCCUCUGCAACAUCUGCUGCAUCUGUCUGGAGUAUUUACUGCUGGAAGAAAGAGACGACGAAAAGGGAAGCAUGACGAGGGAAAAAGCCAGAGAAAAAGGAGUACAAAUGCCAGGAGGAGGAAGAGGAGGGGGUGGAGACAAAGUGAUGGAUGUAACAAAUGGUGAAGCCCAGCUACCUUUCACACCAGCCCAGAUAUUCUCCACCCAUACCCAGGUCUAUCUCACUGUUCUUGGUGCGUUUCUGAGCUGUGACCCUGAGAAAAGGGGGAGAAAUGACACACCAAAGAACAUGACAACCCAACAGAGCAUUGUGCAUACGCUGAGUCAGUAUCAACCUGAGUUGUGUGAGCUGAGUCAGCUGGCCUGGAAAGGCUUGGAGGGCGGCAAGAUCGUCUUCCUGGAGGAAGACAUUUCUCAGGAUGUGUUGAAGUUUUCAAUAAGGACGGGGCUUUUCUCACAGGUGGAGCUUAGACGUGAGGAUGGGACUCUCGUCAACUCCUACAGUUUCAUUCAUCUGACAAUACAGGAGUUUUUGGCUGCACUCAGAGUCAUGACCAGUCAGGAAGUUAGUGACACGCAGCUCAAGAAGAGAUUCAGCUUGAAAACCCGUUGGAUGACCAAAUCAGACCAGAGGACAGUCUUUACUGACUCCCUGCACCUGUAUGUAUGUGGUCUGGCUUCCCCACACUGUACUGAAGCCUUAGUUCAAUUAGCCACAACCUCAGGUGGAACAGGAGGCUCCAACUGGGUCCAGAAACGGCAAGCCCUUGUUGUAAAACUGCUAAAAAACCUGUGUAACAGCAACACCCUGACUGGACCAAAGGUAUUGGAGCUUUGUCACUGUGUCCAGGAGAGCCAGAACCAACAACUGGCUCAGCAGGUCGUGGGCACAAGACGCACCCUGGAGCUACGCAACAUCCGAGUCUUACCUAGUGAUAUCGACGCUCUAGCUUUUGUAGUUAACUCAGUAGGUGAUAAUGGCAUCGGAUUGGACUUUGGAGCAUGCUCAAUGGAGUUGGAGUGUUUAGAUGUCCUGCCAAGAUGUCAGUACAUUCACUACCUCUGUUUUCGGAGCCGCAAGUAUGGUGACAAGUUUGCCGAGAAGUUGUCCUCCAUUUUGCCAAAUUUCACAACACUGAGAAAAUUUGGGUUUUGUGGUGCCAGUCUGACCACCACAGGAGCCGCUUGUUUGGCUUCUGCUCUACAGAAAUGUCCAGACAUCACUGAAAUCAAUUUGAGUGACAACAAUCUGAAAGACGCAGGGAUCGAACAUGUGGCCGAUGUUUUUACCAAACUACCAAGACUAGAGUCUUUAAUGCUGGGUCGAAACAACAGCUCUCUAAAAGCAGUGGACUAUCUCAUCGGGAAAAUGUCUUCAUGUUCGAACAUCCAGCGCAUUUUUGCAGAUGGAAUGAAGGAAUUAGAAGUUACUUUCUCCCAAAACUCCGACUUUAACAGCCACAAAACAAAGUCUGAACCAACAAUCAGCUUGUUGAACCAGAAAUGGAGCAAGCCUGAGAUGCAAACAAUUGCAGAGGCAUUGGCUUGUUGCCCCACCUUGUCUGUCCUGGAUCUGACUGGAGGCCAGUGGGAUGUGGAAACUCUGAAGAUGCUGACUCAGUUUUUGCCAAAGUUUAAGGUCACUCAAAAGAUCAUUUUGAAUGACAGCUGCUCUUCAGUGAAGGAUUUGGUCAUUCUGACCGCUCUUCUGCCUGGCUGUCCUGCUGUGAGGGAGCUUCAUAUCAGACUGCAGAGUCCUGUCCAGGUGUCUAUAGUGUUCUCAGAAAGAAAAGAGAGAGAAAAACCUGCUGAGUCAGCUGAAAGAUCUAAAAUGCUCUGUCUCAGCCGCUGUGGUCUGCUGCCUCCUGAUAUGCAGAGAGUGUGGAGGAGUUUGGGAACAUCCUCGGAUCUCACAUUGCUCGAUCUGUCCAAUAACUCUUUAGGCAACAAAGGUCUGAAGAAACUGCUGGACAUCCUGCCUCAUCUGAGCAACAUCCAGGAGAUCGAUGCCAGUAACAAUGGGAUCGGCAUGGAAGGAGUGGUGAUGCUGGCUGGCGCUUUGUGUUCCCAUAACAACUUGACACAGAUCCACAUCAGUCAUGGAGGCAGUGAGCAGGUGACCCUGAAGUUCUCCCCUGAUGAAAGCCACGACAAAAUACGGAUGUUCAGGACGAACUACAGCAACCUCGAGCCGUCUCAUGUAACCACGCUUUGUAAAAGAUUGGCCCAGUGUCGCUCCCAUUUGGAGUUAGAUUUGUCUCACAGCUCACUGACAGCCGAGGCUAUCGGGAAUCUGCUGAAGAUCCUGCCGAAGAUGAAGUCACUGCAGAGACUCGAUGUCAGCCACAGCAUCACGUCCACGGCUGCAGCGGUGAUAUUAGUCAGCUGUUUGACCGUCAGUGAGCGGGUCACGUCAGUAGUGCUCAGGCCUCAGACUGAAGAGACUGAAUCCUUCAUCCAUUUUGACAGCGUGAAAGCAGAACACGCCAGCUGCAGCUUAACUCAUUUUAGCUGGAAUGAUGUCAAUUUGGAGAGACUGCUCAAGAUCCUACAGCAGGGUCCUCGCCUUUCUCACCUGGAUUUAUCAAGUAACCAGCUGGAAGAUAAAGGAGUGAAGCGUUUUUUGGAUUCUCUGCCAAAGCUUAAGAUCACCAGCUGGGUCAAUUUGAGCAACAACAGUCUGACCCAGCAGGGGCUGUUGAAUGCGGCCAGCACACUGCGUGCUUGUGGUAACGUCUCUGGUGUGGAAGUCUGUAUGGGAGCAGAGGAGAGGUGUCUCAUCUGGUUUACACAAUGUGAAGACUGUGAUAAAACUCUGAGCAUCAGUGAGAGUAGUUUGGAACGUGAUCAUCUGGUCAGAUUAGCAGAGAUCUGUCCCAGUUUGACCAAACUGGAGCUCAAGAACAAUUCGCUGGACUCGGAUUGGAUUGAAGACUUUGUGAGACUGCUCAACAGCAAUGAGAGAGGAUUCAGUGUCAGUUUUGAGGAGCGUAGUAUUAGAUCUGAGGAAGCCAUUGAUCUGGUGUGUCGCUGUCUGGACCACAACCACAACAUACACUCUAUCAAGGUUCGCUACAACACGCUGCACCUGUCUCUGUUGAAGUCCACUGGACUGACUUCACUCAGCCUUGUGAACUGUGCAGUAAAGGGAUACCAGCUUGAACCUUUGAUGAGCAUCAUCCAGAAGUGUCCUUUGCUGACAGAGCUGGAUUUUUCCCACAACACCCUGGGUCUGGACGGAGCUGUGUUUCUCUGCACUAUUCUACCCUUGCUGCCAAAUCUGACUUCUCUCAGCAUUGGUUCCAAAGAGACUUGUGUGGUCGAGGAGAUUUCAGAGGCCCUGCUGCAGGCGACAGCCAUUCAGUGCUUAAAUCUGGCAGGUCAUGUAAUUGGCGACCCUGCAGUCCAGACUAUGACCAGAAUGUUUCCUCGCCUACGCUCACUCAACUUGUCUCAUUGCGCCCGGUCACCGGCUGGAGGGCUGCAGCUCAUCAAAGCACUGGGAGAGUGUGCCGGCCUGGAAGGCCUUUGUCUGGACUCUUGGCAGCUAAAUGAGGAGAGCGUCGCGUGUCUGGCACAAUCACUACGGAAAAUCAACUCCAUACGCUGUCUCAAGCUUAACAAGGUUGCCGCAGCUGUGGGGCAAUCAGGAGCAAACAGUCUGCUGGAUCUCCUGUCUGCUAUGGAGGGACUAACACGAAUUGAGGAGAUAGGGUUGGAGGGCUGGAGGAUGGCUGAUAGGGGAAUAGAGCAGCUGAUCAGACUCCUUCCUUUCUGGACGGAGCUCAGGAAGAUCAGUCUCUCUGAGAACCUUAUCAGUGACCAGUCAGGAGACAAGCUGCUGCAGGCAAUGAUCAGCUGCAGUCACCUGGAAGAGCUCCAUGUGUGGAGUAACAGGCUUGGCAAUCUCACAGCUGCCAGGAUGGCUCUCGUUCUGCCAUCGCUGACGCACAUCACCGUGUUGAAUAUUUCAGAAAACUGUCUCGGACCUGAGGGAUCGACGAGUCUGUCCAAAGCAAUAAUGUGCAUGAAGAACCUCACCAAGAUUCUUCUGACCUCCGUUGGGACUCCAGAGCUCUGUGCUGUAGCUGCCAGUCUGGCCCACUGUCCCCUCAUACAGGAUGUGGGUCUGGGGUGGAAUAAUUGUGGCGAUGAUGUAGCAGUGGAGUUGUCCAGAGUGAUGCCUCUCUGUCAGAAGCUGAACAGGAUAGAUCUGGAGUCAAACAGUGUGAGUGUCAUUGGAGCGGAGGCCCUGGUUAGAGCCUUACAGUCGUGUCCUGCUCUGCAGUUCAUCAGGCUGUGGAGGAACAAGGUGUCUUCCAGUGAAGUCCAAAGGCUCCUUCUGCAGGACCGGAGGCUGAAUUUCUCAUCCACGUAAUGUGAUCUGUGAUGUUGGCCUGCAGCAGGGAGAAGUCAUGUUCCAGUUCAUCACAGAGGUAAAUCACUGCUGCAGGCACAAGUGGAGUACAAGUCUUCCCGGCAUCAGAAAAGCACAAGGCGUUUACGAGAUGACUGCAGCACGGGUGAAAAGACCACCAUGUGGUUCACUAUUGGAGGGAGCUCAGUUAGAUGUAUAUAGUGUGUGUGUGUGUGUGUGUGUGUGUGUGUGUGUGUGUGUGCGUAUACACUCAACAAAAAUAUAGAAACUUUGUUUUCGCCUCCAUUAUCGAGUGAGAGUAAAAGAUUUCCUCUGUGCACACAAAAGGUUUCUUCCUCUCUUAUUCCUGUGAGCACUUGGCAAGAUGCUGAUUAAAGAGCGUGGAAAUGAAAUAGGAUUGACUGAAAAAGGCCUCUCUAAAAUGUGCAUUUUUAUUAGGUACUAAACUACGGGCAUUUAACACAGGGCUACAGAUGCCACUUCUCUUCUCCCAGGAGAAGCAGCUACUCUGCCUCUGAUUGAUUGGAAUAUCAGUAUCAAUCAGAGGCAGAGCAACCUUUAGUUUGCACAGGAGAAGUCCAAUGUUUAGUUCAGAUCAUGAAAAAUGGGAGCAAAAACAAGUGUUCUGUAUAAAAGCGUUAUCUCACGUGAUGUAUUGAAGUGCAGAUGAAUGAUUUAAGGUAUUGUUCUUUAAGAAAAAGGAAGCGUAUAUUUUUGAUUAUAAAGUAUGACUAUGCACUUAAUGGCCUCUGGUUUCACCAUGGGGGAACUGGUGCAAUCAGCUCUUGCCAUGGUCCGAGCUGGGUGUGGCGAUCCCACAAAAUGACUGAUAGUUGCCUCGUGUGCUCCUAAAAGAGCCAUUCGAGAGGCUUGAGCAUGGACAAGACACAUUUCUUUAUUUUUAGAGUCACAAACUAGUUUGUGUUGGCAGCUGUUGGUAAUCAUGAUCACGAUAUCACCAUCUCAGAUAGUUGGUAAACAGCCUACAACCUCGGCUCCUCCGUCCAAGCCCCUGCUCUUUGCACCAGCCCGCCCCGUCGAGAAUCCCUCGAGGCCAAAAUGUGAAGAAUUCGUGAUGAUGAGAAUGAUAACCCUAUGUAUGCUACACUGAGUCACUUUGCACUGUGGUGUGUUUACAAUAAUUAGAGGCCAUAUAAGUGAAAAACACAAGAAGUCAUGAACUCACAGUAAAGGAGUCGAGAGGGAGAACCAGCCCCCCCCUCUCUGGUUUGCUCUUAUUCUUAUUUUAGGUUAUGGUCUCUAACCAAUACACGUAUUUAUUUCUGCUGUUAUCAAGUAAAGAAAUCAUCAUUUAUUUUUUAAAAAGUUAUUUAUUUGUUUAUUUUAUCUGUAUUGCUGCAUUCCAAACUUUUACAUAAGUAAAUGAGAGACGGUGUUAUGUGUACAGAGUCUCUCCAGUUCUACGAAGACACUGGAUUAAAAUAAACACAGCGAUUAGAUGCCCUGUGGUAUCUAUAGAUUCAGGUUCAGGUUUGAGUUCUCACAUGACAAACUGUCUCUGUCUUUAAUAUUAACGUGUUCUGACUUGCACUGAUAUGUCGUUCAGGAAUAAAAGAAAGAUUACUUUGA